AUGAACCAGGUGGAGGAGCUUAGGAGUAAAGUGCUGCUAUACGCCAAAGAACACCCUGAUGCUAUUCACCCGAUCGACAUCGAAAGAGUUAAAACUAAAAACUGGUUUCUCGAGCGCUACCUUAAAGAGUAUAAAAAUGACGAAAAAAUGGCCGAAACGGCGCUACUUUACUCAUUGAACGUGUUUAAAACGGAGGGUUUGCACGAAAUGAAUGAUACGUAUUUCCCGGCUGAGUUCUACGCAAUGGGCAAUUUCAUAGGGUUUGGCCGAUCUAAGAAAGACCUGGCAGUCAUGGGAGUGAUCGGUCGGUGCGCUCCCAAUGUAUCCGAUAUGAGUGAAGAGAUGUUUGAAUUGGCGCUCAAAUUCUUUAAGUAUAUAUUCAUGAAAUACUAUCUGGAAGUGGACGGCGAGCCGGCAGUUGUGUACGGAAUACUGUCCAAAAUGGGAAUGCAUAAUGUAGACAUGGAGUUUGAUAAGCAAGUGGUAGCGUUUGUAAACGCACAUGCUCCCGAUAGUAAAGUUACAUUUUUGUUGAUCGAUUUGGGAUGGAUUGUGAAGUUUGCCAUUAAUUUGUUGAUCAAUCUGUUGAACGAGAACUUAAGAAAUAAGAUCCGUUUCGCCGACUGGUCUCAUGUGGAGGAAUGGGUGGCUUUGGAUCAGAUGCCCAAAUACGUCGGCGGCACUAAUGAGGGCUUCAGACGUAUACCCGAUGGCGUGAAAAGUGGCAAAUGUUUGCCACAUCUGCAGCACAUCCCUGAAGAGGAAUGGGAUGCAGUCAUACAGCAAAACGGCGAAUGUAUUCUCGAGGGUCUUAAGGAGAGUGGGCUUAACUCGUUGCCCGACAGAAAUACGUAA